AUGUCGCAGAAGGCUCACCAAAAGGCGUCUCCCGGGGUUCUUGCUAUCAACCCGUCGGCCACGCAGAAGGCUGCUCCUCCGCCCGCACCAUCCAAGGGACACUCCAGCAAAGGGAAUGCCCCCCGUCUAAAGCUACAUGUGAGGCGCCUGCCCCCUGGCCUGACGCAGGCUGAGUUCGAGAGUACGUUGGGGGACUACUGGAAAGUCGGGCAGGGGAAAAUCGACUGGUUUCUCUUCAAGGAGGGGAAGGUCUCUACUGACCCUUCGAAACCUUCUCGUCCCGGAAGGGCGUAUUUGCGAGUCACAUCAUCAGUAACUAUCCCGGAGCUGUCAGAGGCGAUCCGCCAAACUGCGUUUCGCGAUGCUCGAAAUACGUGCAACGAUUCCGCCCUGCUUGGACCCCCAACACUGGAAUAUGCCCCCUUUUCACGUGUGCCCAGCGUAAAGACUCGAAAUGAUGCUCGUGUAGGCACUAUCGACCAGGAUGCCGAAUUCAUAGCCUUCCUUGAGAGCUUGACCAACCCAGUCACCAAACCGCCCGAGGAGGAGACGGCCGAGACUGCAGACAAAGCAGAAAAACCAACCAUCACUCCACUUAUCCAAUACCUAAGAGAGAAAAAGGCAAACAAGGCAAAGGAGGUUGCUGCGGCAAAAGCAGCGAAGCAGGCCCGGUCAGCUGCUGUCAAAGAGAGCAAGACUGAAAAGCCGAUCGGGAAGAAGCAACUCCUUAGCCGUGCAGACAAGUCAAUUCCAGAGAAGCAAAAGAAGGACAAGACAGCCAAGGAAGUUGCUGUCAAGGAUGCUGUAAAGGCUGCAAAUAAACAGGCAGCAAACGGAUCUACCAAACCUGAUAGUAAAGCCUCACCUGGCCCUGCCAAUCCAGCACCUCCGACUUCCCCAGCACCCGAACGAAGGAGGGAAAGAGGCAGCCUCACUGCAGCUACUAAGAUCCUACGACGCGAUUUGGGCCUCACUACUCCUACACGAAGGAGGGAGAAAGCUGGCCAGUCCUCUUCUUCUGGGCCCGGCGGCAGCUCUGCCACGGAAAGUGCAAAGAAGGACCAACCAUCAAGCUCAAAAUCAGAAAAUAAUAAUAAUAAUAAUAACCCUGCGUCCACGCCCAAGGGGAAGAACACCGCCGAUUCCACGCCCAAGCCAACACCUAGCAAACAAACUAAAGGUACCCCACCCACCGAGCCAGCAGCAGCUCGAAAUGCUGGUGCAUCCAGAAAAACAGCAAAUACCCCAACUACCCCCAAUAACAAAGCGUCGGGCCAAAAGACCCAACAGCAGCAACAGUCCUCUCAAUCACCGUCGUCAAAUGGAACCCAAGCAUUCCUCAAACACGCCAAUCCUUCCCAAGGCGUAACGGAAGAUCUACUUCAAAAAGGAUUCUCACAGUUUGGCAAAGUCAUACGUGUAGAGAUUGAUAAGAAGAAGGGCUUCGGAUACGUCGACUUUGCCGAACCUGCGGGUCUCCGGAAAGCCAUCGAUGCAAGCCCCGUGUCAAUCGCCCAAAGUCAGGUCGUCGUGUUGGAACGGAGAACGUCUACCGCUGUAGCACAGAAUAGAGGCCAUGGUAAUCGUGGCGGCGGCGGCGGCGGCGGUGGAGGAGGAGGACAAGGUACAGCUCCCGGGAACGCACAACAACAGGCAGCACCACAAGGGUCGAGACCAGCUCAGACCGGGUCUUCUCCUGCAGCUGCACCUACAAUUCCACCUACAGCAUCUCCUGCCUCUCGAGGAACUCCCCCAGGUACUCGUGGAAGAGGGCCGAGAAGAGGCUAUGGCCGAGGAGGAGUUGGAGGGCGUGGUAAAUAG